GCUCAUUCGCUCCUUCUCAGACCUCUUCCAGGCUCGUUUCCUAAGCGCUCCGUCAACUUAUCACCACUUUCGCAGUCUCGGGUUCAACAGCAACUUCUUAAAAUGACGUCUUCACCACUGAACGAGCAUUCAUUAGCAUUUGGCUAUCGUCCUGCAGGCACUCUGCCAACGUCGUAUUUUGGUGCUACACCCUUUCAAGGAUAUCAAGGCGAUUUCACAAGGUCUAUAAACAAAAAAAAUUUAGUACUGCCGUGUGGGAUCGAUCCAUCUAGAGCCGCUGUCCAUGGCAUACAACUACCAAUGUCACAACGCCGGAAACGAAGAGUGCUAUUUAGUCAGGCUCAGGUCUAUGAAUUGGAGCGUCGUUUCAAACAGGCCAAAUACUUAACAGCACCGGAACGAGAGCAACUUGCGAAUUCGAUCCAUCUGACUCCGACACAGGUGAAAAUCUGGUUCCAAAACCAUCGCUACAAAUGCAAACGACAAGAAAAAGAGAAGGCGAUGACCGGAACACUUCAUAAUCGAGACGACUCAAUCAGUCCUCAAUCAGUGGAUGCGGAUGGGUAUGUAGUUAACAUAUUUUACCAGAUAUGGUUUGCAUUAACAUCCAACCUCGAAUUACAGGUCACAUCCUCCGUUUAUCCUCCACAGCCAGCAGUGUUCACAUUUCCGUUCGCAUCUCAACCUUACUCGGCAGCGCAAUCAGCGUAUUAUAAUCAAAUCAGAGGAGUCGGAUGGUGA